GGUCCCCAAAAGAGACAAUUAAUUUCAAUUAAGUCCCUGAAUAAUAAUUUCUUCGGUUUGGUCACUGGCGUACGUGGCUGGUUGUGAUUGUGUUUUCUGUUAAGACUACGCAACACCACACAAACCGCUUCUUCAUUAUUCUAAUUUCUAAUCGCCCACUCAUUUCACAUGAAUGCCGUUUAUGCCUUGCCCUCCCUUCCCUUCGUAGUCCUAUCCGAUUGCAAAAUUAAGAAAAAAUGACUAAAUAAAUGUCACCAGAAGAAGUUCUUUUCUUCCUCAAACCAACUUACAGUUUGGAUUUUCUGCUCCACUCUUCAGCCGCCAGGGUACAAUGAGCAUUGCAUCAAGCAGUCAAUAUAAUGUGUCCCUUGGAAUUCAGGAGCAUCUUCUGAAAGGAAGAUUCAAAAUGGUUCCUUGUUUUGGUUCAUUUUUUCCCAGUGGGAGAUUGAUAUUUUCCAAUGGUCAAUGCAUUUCUAGUAGACAUCAUCUGAGUUCUAGGAAGAGUAGGCCUGUCUUCUCCAGUUCAGUGGAUGAUGGCCCAGACAAUGAUGAGCCAGAUGAUGGGAUUGAAGCAAAUAAUUCUUCCAAAAAUGAAGAUAAAGAUGCAAACAGUGAAAUGCUAAGACAGAAUCUUGAAAGAAUUGUUGGGUCAGAUGAUUCCACCUUUAGCGGAAUAGACCUUGCAACUCUAAUUCGCAAAAAAUAUGGGAGGUCUUAUGACGUUCAACUUAUAAAGAAGGAGUUCAUGGGAAGAAAUCUCCUUGCCUUGAAUGUCAUGUGGAAGUACAGGGAACAGAGAUCAUUUCCCCUAACUGAAGAAGAAUAUCUACUGAGGCUCGAUGAUGUGGCAAACACAUUGAAAUGUUGGGGAGCUGUCUCACAUAUUCGAAAUAGCCUAGCAAAGUUGAAAGAGCGACCUCGUAUAGGGAAGUAAGCAUAUUCAUAGACAUGGAUGAGUCCGGAGGACGUGCGAAUGAGUGGAUUUACAAGUAGAUGGUUUGUGCACAACUGGAACUGGUUCUUCCCUCUGACACUAUCUUCCGACCUGGGACGACGGAGAAGUAAUAUCUUGAAACAUCAUUUCUCAUAUACUUGUAGGGGCUACAAAAACUUGUUUGGUCACACUUGAUCACUGAAAUACCUAAAGUGAUUGUUUUCAAAUAGCAGUAGAACAAAGAUGUUUGAGAUCACUGCCUACUCAUUGUACUGUUUUUUUUUUUGUCCCAUUUUUUAUAAAUUUCGAUAAAGCUCUGGGUGAAUGUAAUUUUUUUUUCUAUUUUUUUGGAUUGGUAUAAGGGAUAUUCAGAGCAACUCCAAUGGUGCUACACUUGCAAGUUCUCAAUUUUCC